CUUUACGCCUACACACAUCACAUCCAUCACACACGGCUCAUCGCCUCUCUCCCACUUUCCAGAGACAUCAGUUUCCUACAAAAGCGGAUAAAUGUCGACGGCGAGAAUCUCACCGUCGUCCACGGCAACUUCCGCCACCAUCAGACACAUUUCCUUGACCCCUCCUUCCCGCCGCACAUUUCUUAUCACUCUAUUACCCCCGCUGGUAAUUGGUCGACGACAGAGAAAUUACGCUCCAAAAAUCUACUCCAAAGCGUCGGAGCCGCUCGAGGUCUGCGCCAAGGAAUCUGUCACUACCCCCAACAAGCUCGGAGACUGUCCAUUUACGCAAAGGGUUUUGCUUACAUUGGAGGAAAAGAACCUUCCCUAUGACUUGAAGUUGGUUGAUUUUAGGAACAAGCCUGAGUGGUUCUUAAAUCUUAGUCCAGAAGGUAAAGUUCCGCUGAUAAAGCUUGAUGAGAAGUGGACUCCAGACUCCGAUGUUAUAACUCAGGCAUUGGAAGAAAAGUUCCCUGAACCUUCUCUUGCUACACCUCCUGAGAAAGCUGCAGUUGGUUCAAAGAUCUUCUCCACGUUUAUUGGAUUUCUUAAAAGCAAAGACACAAGUGAUGGAACAGAGCAGGCAUUACUCGACCAGCUGACUGAUUUCAAUAGUUACCUUGAAAAAAAUGGCCCAUUUAUUAAUGGGGAGGUGAUAUCUGCUGCGGAUUUGUCUCUUGCUCCUAAGCUUUAUCAUCUAGAAAUUGCUUUGGGACACUAUAAGAAGUGGUCCAUUCCAGACUCACUCACCUACGUUAAGUCAUACAUGAAGACUAUAUUCUCGAGGGAGUCGUUCAUUAACACUAGAGCUCUAGUAGAAGAUGUGAUUGAGGGUUGGCGACCAAAAGUUGAAGGCUGAUUUAUCUUCUUCCGGCCGUGUUGAUGUUGAAAUUGAAAUUAUUUUGAUGUAUUAGUUUAUAUAUUAUGUAAAAAAAUAAAAUAGUUUCUAGGAAUGCAGUUCAUGGAACAAUUCACAUAUCGCCAACAGUGUAUUGCUGAUAUGAUGAUAGUGAAUUGAAUUGGAUUCGAGGGAAUGUUUGAGUAGCA